UGUUGUAAUACAAGAAAGAGAAAUAAAUCAGUGGAGUAACUAGCUAGCUGGUGAGGUGAAAUCCUGCGGUGCCGCCCUGAAGCUUAUUAUUUGGUUUUGACGUUAGAGUGAAAUAUUAGCCAGUUGUAAUAACCGGUGACGUAAACAAACACUCGAUGCACAUUUUCGCCUAUUUGUCCACACAACUAUAAAAAACUUCUAGAGUAUUUGUAACCGGAUGCUGAACAGAACGGUUCUAGCUCUAGCCUUGAGCUAACUUCGAGAGCUAGCGGAGUUGGCUGAGUUGCGUCAUAGGAUUGAGUUAGCGGUUUCCUGUGAUGUCGUAAAUAUUUCCGAAAAUAAACGCUCAUCCUUUUGGAGAAAAUCCACAAAAAACGAUCAUUCGAGCUGUGUAUUAUAAGAUGGACAGUGAUAAGGCUGAAGCCAAAGGUACGGUGGGCGAUCUGGUGAUGCAGAACCCACAGGCACUGGCAGCUCUUCAGGACAGACUAGACAACUUAACACAGAGUCCUUCAAUCAUGGAGAGCUUACCAGUGUCCGUCAGGAGAAGAGUCAAUGCCUUAAAAAAUCUGCAAGUCAAGAGUGCACACAUAGAAGCCAAAUUUUACGAGGAGGUACACGAGCUGGAAAGAAAGUACGCUGCUUUAUACCAACCACUGUUUGACAAGAGGAAAAGCAUUGUAACUGGUGCAGUGGAGCCCACUGAUGAGGAAUGUGAAUGGCAGAGUGAUCACGAGGAUGAAGAGCUGGCAGAUGAGCUACAGAAGAAAGCCUCCAUAGAUGAGAAGAAAGCCCAAGAGGAGGGCAGUGCCGAGGAAAAUCCCAAAGGAAUUCCUGAAUUCUGGCUCACUAUAUUCCGCAGUGUGGACAUGCUGAGUGAUAUGCUACAGGAAGCCGAUGAGCCAAUCUUGAAACAUCUACAAGAUAUUAAAGUGAUGUUUUCUGAAUCCAAUGAAGCAAUGAGUUUCACUUUAGAGUUUCACUUUGAGCCUAACAGCUACUUUAAAAACACGGUUCUCACAAAAGUCUAUAAGAUGAAGUCAGAACCUGAUGCCGAUGAUCCGUUCUCUUUCGAAGGCCCGGAGAUCAUUGACUGUGAGGGAUGUGAGAUUGAGUGGUACAAAGGGAAAGACGUUACCGUCAAAACGAUUAAGAAAAAACAGAAGCACAAGGGCAGGGGUAUCGUGAGGACGGUCACUAAACAAGUGCCCACUGACUCCUUUUUUAACUUUUUUAACCCAAUUAAAGUUUCCCCAGACAGUGAAUUGGAUGAGGACUCUGAAAUUACUCUAGCCACAGAUUUUGAAAUCGGCCAUUUCUUCAGAGAGAGGAUAGUACCAAGAGCCGUUCUGUACUUCACCGGAGAGGCGCUGGAGGACGACGAGAGCUUCGAGGAAGAAGAGCUCGACGAAGGUGAAGAGGAGGAUCAAGAGGAUGAUAUUGAGGAAGAUGAUGAGGAGGGAGAUACAAAGAGCGGAGAAGCCCAACCUGCAGAGUGCAAACAGCAGUAACAGACUAGCGCCACCUACAGCAAGUCAGUUUCUUGCUCGACGUCACCUGAUUUCUGCAGAACUGAACAGUCAUUUUAACCAAACAGCAGCAUCAACCGAGUAACAUUGUGCAUGGCAUUUUUUAAUUUAAAUUUUUUCCUCUUUUUUUUUUCCCCCCCAAAAAAACUGGUACCAAAAAUUGGAUGAUAGCAAAAGAACAACAAAAUUUCUGUUUCAUCACUGUGGGUUAUUUCAUUCUGAGCAAACUGGAAAUCGGUUUAUGUUCUUAAAUUGUUACAGGAUUUUUUUUUUCCUGAACUCGCAUUCUGAAAACCCUUGUAUUUUGAAAGUUGGAAUGACAUUAAUUUCAGCUUUAACUAAUUUUAACAUUUUUGACUUAAUAGUUUACUCAGGGUUUUUUAUGGUGAGAAUACAUGCACACACUGUUGUGAAACCGCUGAUAAGAAACAGAUCCCACUUCAUUCUUUAUUAUUUUUUUUUUUUUAUUGUUUUGUUUGUCUUAGGUUUCUAACAAUUAUUGUUACUCUUAAAACUUUUUAGAUCUAUUUCAAAUGAUUCUGAUGUUAUUUAUAUAAACAUUGCUUUUUUUAAUGGUGUUAAACUAAACAUGUACCUGUUCGCCUCUCGUUGGAUUUCGGAGAGUGGAAGAGUUUGGUUCUUUGUCCUGUGUCUCCACCUUUAUCUACAAAAUUGCUUUACUGCCCCGAACGCUUACUAAAGAAUAAAAUAUCAAUAUUGCCAAAAGA